AGCAACAACAUAAUCAUUUAGGCCAUAAUCAUCAUCAUUUGGCACAUAAUCAUCAUGCUGGCAGCAGCAGCAACACGAAUUUGGUGCGUGCAACAUUGCCACCGCAUUUUACGCAAUCAGCGGGUCUGAUUGCAACACCAGCAACUGGAGGCGCAAGUGGAGGCGUGGCACCACCGCCAGGCAGCACCACAUUUAUAUCGACUGCAUAUUUGCCAUUCAAUCAUCCGGGACAAUUGAUUGGCGCACCAGCAAUGGGUUUUGCCACCAACAAUGCAACAGCAGCAGCAGCAGCUGCUGGUGGCUUCUACACAACAGCAGCAGCAGCUGCAGCGGCGGCCGCAGCAGCAGCAGCAACGCAACAAAAGCAACAGUUGCCGGCGGCACAACAGCAGCAACAUGUUGGCGUUGCAACUGCAACACAGCCACAAUCUAUUGCCUACUAUCAUCCAACGCAGCUGAGCAACAACAGCAGCAACAACUCGCACACUGGCAUACACCAGCACCACCAGCAACACCAACACCACAACAACAACAGCAACAAUAACACACAACGUGUUAAUAUGCGUGGCGGACAACGUGCAACACCGCCACAACCACAGCCCAGUUACUUUACCCCUUACGGUGUGGCAACAGCAACAGCAGCAGCUGCUGCCGCCCCGCCUCCCUCCCACCAGCCACGCCCCCAGGUGGGCAGCGCUGCCGCCGUGACGCCCAUUUUGAGUACGCGCCAGAAUGCAUUGAACGGCAAUCCGCAUUCCACAUUCCACAUGCAACCCACAUAUUGCCCAAGUUUACCGUGUCCGAGCUUAACCACAGCACCGUUAAUUGCCGCUGCCGGAUUGACGGCACCACCGUCGGCCACAUCGGCCGGACUGCACACAUAUGCACCACAUUUGCAGAGUGGUGGCAACACUGGCACAGUUGGUGCGGUUACAGUGGGUGCCGUAAGUGCAUCCUACUCAUCCACAUCGCUGCACAGUGCACAGAGUGGACAGCAGCCGGAUAAAGUGAAGGAGCGACGUCAUGCCAUUCCCAUAAUACAUCCGGUGACCCAGGAGAAUGUCCUCGAUCCCAAUUCAUCGGUGUUCAACAAGAAGGACUCCAAUUGCACCUUGACCUCGAGCACGGGCAGCGAUGUCAGCAUUGCACAGCAAUAUAAAACGGAUGCAGGAGCAACAGGAGGAUCGGCCUUUAAGGUGGAUCAUCAGAUGCAAACGGAGCUGGCAGCACAGCAAACAUCCAUGGUAUUUACUCCUUCAACUUCAGCUGCAACUUCAGCGACUGCAACUGCAACCUCAACAUUGCCACUAACCGAUGAGGAUAAAGUCAGCGUCAUUGUCAAGGAUAUUCUGGCCAAUUCUGGCAAUCCGGACGAGCAUCUUAGCUUUUUGCAGUUUAACGACGUGGAUAAUGUAUCGGAGCACACACCGGAGCUAUCGAGUAAUACAAUGGAGACGUAUUUCAUCAAUGAAAACACAGACAUGCCAGUGAUGUUCCCACAGGACUCGUUGAAGAACAAAUCGCAAACGCGUCCCAAGUCGGCUAACAAGCAGAGUACUGCCACGCCCACAUCGAUAGCAACGGCUGUGGCAGAGGCAGCAGCUGCUGGCAGCGAUAAGAUUAUUUCCAUAUUGGCCAGCAUUGAAAAGACGUCAACUGUUGAGUUGUUGAGUUCCACAAAGGCCAACAAACAAAAACAAAUUGGUCAAAAGCAGCAGCAGCAGCAACAACAACAACAACAACCUUCGACUUCUUCAUCUGCUGCUUCAACGCCAACGCAUCAGUUAAAGCCCCAAUCACAACAGCAACAACAACAACAGCAGAAGUCAACAACUGUGGGUGUGAAAGCAGCAACAGUUGCUGCUGCAGUUGCAAUACCAGAUGUUGCGACUGUGCCGCCGAAUAGCAUGAGCAAAAAGAGUCAGCGCAAAGCGCAAAAACGUAAAGAGCAGGAGAAGAAGAAAAAUCAAAAGGCAACAAGCACAACGACAACAACAAUAACAGCAACAGCAACAACAACUGUCGCCGGAAGCAGCAGCAACAACAGCAACAGCUAUGCCAAGAAUGCAACUAAAAGUAACAGCAACAACAGUGCAACUACAACAGCAACAACAACUGACAACAGUCUCAUAUUUGUGACCACAACAACAGCAACUAAAACGAAAACGAUAACAACCACGACGACUGAUAAGCUUAGUGCAACAACUAGUAAUAACUCUAGCAUAAGUUUUAGCCUAAGAGACAAGCAACCCAAAGAUGAUGAUGAUGACCACGAGAUAAGUUUUAACAACAAGGAGAAGUUUUCGAGUGACAAGCAUAUGGCCAAUGAGGAUAUUGUGGCACAGUAUUUGCAGAAGAGCUUUGACGACACGCCCAGUUAUGCGGAGGCACAAUUGGAAUUCCUCAACAGCAGCAGCUCCGUCUGUGAGGAUGAGAGCUCCUACAAGGAGCAAACGAGCAACUUGAGCGACAAGUGUGAUGAGAGUAAUGUGGGAGAAUUGAAAUUCGGUGACUUUAAUGAGGAGACAGCAACGGCGCCAAGCUCAAGUUCUAGUUUUAUAUGCAGCUCGACGUGGUCGAGUUCACAGCCAGCAGCGGAGAGUAAUAACAAACCGGAGGAUAAUGUGGACUGUGCACCACAAAAGAUUGAGCUGCCCACGGUUGACAGUGGCAACAACAACAACAACAAGAGAAAACAGUCGGAGAAAGCAAAGACAGCUGGCAAUGUGUCCAAGACUCAAGUGUCCGGCUCAACAGCCAGCAAAUUCAUCAGGUACAACAUUGAGGAGCUGCGUGAACUGUCCAAGCUGAGUGACUCAAGGAAACCUCCAUUGGUGCCGUGCCAGAAAGGCGAUUGCAUUGCCCAGUUGUUUGUGUCGCGACAAUCGUCGCAACAGCAGCAACAACAUCAUCAUGGCCAUCAGCAAUAUGGCCAACAUGGUCAUGAGUCCCUGGAUUAUAUGUCUGGCAAACGUGGACGUGGUCAUGGCCAUGGCCCGAAUAAGAAACAUCAUGAUAAUUAUCAGUCAAUGGGCGGCGGCAAUUCAGGUGGUGGCAAUAACUCAAAUGCCGGCAACAUGGGCAAUUCCAGUCAACGUUAUAUGGACAUUAUACGUGUCCAACUCUCGCUCAAAGAGGAGAUCAAAUUGUCGGAGUGUGAGAAUGCCUGGCAACCCGAAACUCUGCGACGUGUUUCUCUAUAUACGACGACAACAACAGAUCAGCAACAACAACAGCAGCAACAGGCGGACAAGGAUAACGACAUGGAGGCGGUGCUGAAGAAAGUUCGUGGUAUUCUCAACAAACUCACGCCGGACAACUUUGAAGUGCUGCUCAAGGAAAUGUCCAGCAUCAAGAUGGACACACAAGCCAAAAUGACAAAUGUAAUGCUGUUGAUUUUUGAGAAGACAAUAAGUGAGCCGAACUUUGCGCCAACUUAUGCACGUUUAUGUAAAGUGCUUUUUCACGAGAUCAAGGCGGAAAACAAGUCGCUGUUCACGAGCUCGCUGAUAACACGAAUUCAGCACGAGUUUGAGUCGAAUGUGAAUGAUGCAAAUGCCAAGGCCAAGAAAUUGCAGCCCACACAGGAGCGCAUCAAUAGCUGCACAGAGGCAGCAAAGAAAGCGGAAUUACGUGCCGAAAUGGAGGAUCUGGAGUAUCAAUUUAGACGACGUGCCUGGGGCACCGUGCGAUUUAUAGGCGAACUCUUUAAGCUGCAAUCGUUGACCAGCGAUCGUGUGCUGCACUGCAUCGAAUCGUUGCUGGAACAUGGCUGUGAGGAGAAACUGGAGUACAUGUGCAAGCUGCUCACGACAGUGGGACAUCUGCUAGAGGCUGGUCCCUCGGAGCAAUAUCAAAGUGGUGUGCGCAUCGAGAAGAUCUUUCGUCGCAUUCAGGAUAUUGUGCAACGUUCGCGCAGCAAUCAACGACAUCAGCAUCAAUUGAGCAGCAAGAUUAGUAGUCGAGUGCGUUUCAUGAUGCAGGAUGUGCUCGAUUUGCGUGCCCGAAAUUGGGAUCAACCAGCGACAACAACAAGCGUCAACAGUCGGCGGAGUCAUAAGCAAAAUGAUGAUUCCAAAUCACAACAGCAACAACCACAACGUGGCAACAAUUCGCAACAGCAACAGCAGAAUUAUCAGUAUCAGCAGCAGCAGCAGAAACAUCAUGGUCAUCAUGGUCACGACAGCAGCAACUACUUUAUGCAAAAAAUGUCCAAGUCACAGCAGCAGGAGAAUCAAUCAUUGAGCAUAGAUCCCAACAAGUUGCGCUUUAGCAGCAGCAACAAUGAUGAUGUCACUGCCAAAUUGGGCAACUCGUCGCAUUAUCAAUGGCGCAAUGUGGGCAACCGUCCAGUGAGCGCAGCAGCAACACCAGCAGCUGCUCCUGCUCCUGCUCCCACCCUGUUAAAGCGUCCUGCGACUGCAGCAGGCAAUACCUACGCCUACCCACCCUAUCAGCAGGUUCCGCCACCUGUGCUGCCCGCAAGCAUCAGCAACAAUCGCCAUGGCAACAAUAAUAAUCAUACGGCAAGUGCUGCGAACGAGUUGCAAUUGGAUGGCAAACAAUGUCAAGCGUUGCUCACCAAACUUGUGGAGGAAGUGGUCAGCACAAGGAACUGGCAAUCGGAGGUUUUAAGCAUUUGGCGUCAUGCAAUUGUCAAACAACAAGAUGCCGAGACUGUUAUACACUAUGUGCUAAUGGAUUAUGUGCAUCGGGCUACAGUGAAGCGUCCACAGCGUUUGGCCUGUGCCAAUGUCUUUGGCCAUUUGAUGCAGCAGCAAAUCUUUGAUUUGUCCAGCUUUCAACAGGCAUAUGCACGCUUUGGCGACGAGUUUCCCGAUCUGUUGGUGGAUGUGCCCAACGGCUGGACCUAUGUCUUUGAGUUUCUGGGCCCCAUAAUGCAUGAUGGUCAUCUGGGAUUCAAGGAUGUUUGGCUGCGACGUUGGCUCGAGGAUUCACAGUUUACGGACCGUUUUGUGCGCUCUUUUGUCAGCUAUUUUGUGCAGGAAUUUGGCGCUGGUUAUGCACAUAAAUUUUGGCAUGUCGAUAAUAAAUUGGAUCGUGGACAAAUCUUUUGGACGGAUGCACGCAAAUAUCGUGACUUUUUGCUGGAAAAUAGUUUUCAAUUUCUGGAGACAAAUGCAGCAUUGCCAAUGCAGCGGUCAAAGGUCACACGCACCCCAGCCGAGCAUGUGGAGAGGAUUAGCUAUUUAUUGAGUUUGUCCAGUGAUACGGCCAUUGAUUAUAUCAAUACAAAUGUGCAUAUUAAUGACAACUUUGUGCGACAACUAACGAAAUUCCUAUGCUGUGAUUUCGCCUUGACUGUCAUCUCAAAUAGCAACAAUAACAACAAUCAGCAAUUGCAACUGAAUGUGCAGACAUUUAAGAGUCAGUGUACACCAUUGUUGCGACUCUGCAUCGAUGCGCAGGAGUCACUAGAAGUGGCUUGUAUCGAUGAGAUUGUCGAGUCCCUCAAGGAGCAUUUUCUCGUCGAAAUGGAGGAUGAUGAGAUGGCCGCGGGCGAAACCAUCUGCAGCACUUUAAAUGUGCUCUACGAUUGUGAGGUCAUAUCCAAGGAUUCAUUUGACAAGUGGAUAAAGCGACAAUUGGAACAGAAGGCUGACAACUUGCAUCGACCUCUUUUGGCCAAAUUGCGAGCGUUUAUCGAGGAAAUGUGAAUAGACCAAGAACAAGAACAAGAAAAUAAACCAAUCCA